CUUCCCCGGUGUUCAUGCGAACCCCGCCACGCUCUUCGACUUGGAUGGCCGGGUAGGUCCGAAAUUCAGAGCUGCACAUUCCGGAACUGUCAUCGACGAGUCAAGUCAUUUGGCGGACUUGUUGAUGAAGGAAUGCUCAGAUAUGCCUCUCACGAAGGUGCAGGGCAGGAAGACGGGACCCAUUGGCGUCACUAUUGUUGAACUUCAUCAUACCCCUAACCAUGAAGAAUAUCCGGCUCAAUUCCGCACUCUUGCACCUGUUUACGCCAGUGUGCCCAUCCUGGUCAGUUUCAUCACAUGUGUUGCGUGCCUUCUGGUUAGCGAUUGGUUCUCCUUCUCCAUGAUCCUGCUCGGCAUCAUCGUCAGCGGCAUAUCUUGCCUUGUGAUCGGCUCCGGGACGUUUCUCUUCACACACCCUGAACCUGCAGAAGGAUCCCCCCGCGGAGAUGGGAUCCUCUGCUCUGACGAGGAAAUUGUCAUUUUGAGGGGAGAGGAGGCCGCAGUGAACUCGGUCACUCGUGGCAGGUUCUCUAUCCGAUUCGACAGCGAACCUCAAUACGAGAACAUUGGGUGGUGUUCCGUUUUGCUGAUGGUUCAAUUCAUCGCGCAAUUGCUUCUCAUUCCUCAGGGCACUCUCUUCGGCCAAAUGAUGUUCGUCACAUCCCUCGCUGUCUCGUGGGCGUACAACCUCUGGCUGUCCGCAUUUGAUAAGGAGCAGAUCCAGAGAGAUAUCCUCAUGAAGAACGUUCUUCGCAAUCCGCAGCUCACUAAAUACGAACUCGGCACCCGUACCAGCAUGGUGGUGUUUGCUCUUCUUAUUUUGCAGGCGGAAGAGCCGGACAAGAUCAUGAAUUCUCUCCUGCCUAAUGACACCAAGGAAUGGAGGAAGUGGAAGGGUGCCAUCAUCAGUCGAAUCCAAAGCGCAAAAGACUUCGACUUCGACCCGGCUGACUGGGACGAUGAAAACUUCACUGAUGGAGACAGAAAACUGUUAAACGCUCUCUUCCAAGAUGCACGGGACGCCUAUGAGGGCUUCAAGAAGUACCACAGGGCGCCAGAUCACAAAAGCUUAUGAACUUGAUGACCCUCCGUAUACCUCAAUACCUCGUCUUGUACACGCAUCGUACAUAACUGUUCUUGUAUCUAGCAGUCUGUGUCCAAUCGAAGGGAACAUAUAAUGUAUCGUUACAGAGGUUAUGAAUCUUGCUGCCUUUUAACAGACCAGGGUCUCCUUUCGGGUGAACCUUAGCCCAGGUCUCCUGUGCGCCUGUUAUGUCCCCACACUUGUGCUGCGUGCGUAAUUUUCUUUGCUAGCAAUUAUCUCUCUGGUAGUGACCUCCACUCUUCCCAACGUGCCUAUUUCCCUCUUUGUCAACACGUUCAUCGACCAUCGCUCGUCAUGACACCGUGAACCUAUCGUCGCAAAUUCAAG